AUGGAAAUGGAGGACCAGAUGGAAAGCCAGAAGAGAACAGGAAGCCAAGAAGACUUGAUCUACGAGCGGACAGGCUCCCUGGGAUACAUUGAUCGGUUCAUUGUCAUCCUCUCUGGCAUGAUCACCCUUCUUCUCUUCCCCUUAACCUUCCUGUUUUAUCUGGAGAUCGUUACGGACUAUGAACGUGCCGUCAUCUUCAGGCUGGGCCGCAUCAUAGACAGGAGGGCUAAAGGACCAGGUGUCUUCCUUGUUUUGCCGUGCAUUGAUACCUUCGUGAGGGUGGAUCUACGAACAAUUUCAUUUGACAUCCCACCACAAGAGAUCUUGACCAAGGACUCAGUUACAGUUAGCGUGGAUGGAGUUUUGUACUUCCGGGUCAAAGACCCCAUCGCCUCCGUGGUCAACGUGUCGGACGCUAACCUUUCCACCUGUCUGCUGGCACAGACCACCCUCAGAAAUGUUCUGGGGACAAAGAACCUGUCAGAGGUCUUGUCUGACCGUGAGAUCAUCGCUCAUGCCAUGCAGUCCAGCCUGGAUGAAGCCACGGACCCCUGGGGCAUCAAGGUGGAGCGUGUGGAGAUCAAAGAUGUAAAGCUGCCAGUUCAGCUGCAGAGAGCCAUGGCUGCUGAGGCUGAGGCAACACGAGAGGCCAGAGCCAAGGUGAUAGCAGCAGAGGGUGAGAUGAAUGCCUCUCGUGCCCUGAAGGAGGCGUCGCUGGUGAUCGCAGAGUCUCCGUCAGCGCUGCAGCUUCGCUACCUGCAGACGCUCAGCAACAUCGCAGCAGAGAAGAACUCCACCAUCAUCUUCCCUCUGCCCAUCGAUAUGAUGUCACCCUUCAUGCGGAAGUGA